AUGGAUAAACAAUCUGCUAAAGGAACUAAGGUUACUAGAGAAGAAGGUUGGAACGUCGGUAAUGAAAAGUUUGCUGAUAUUAAUCCAGAAGAAUGGAGCAUUACAUUCCAUCAAGAAUCAAACUCAACUUCUCAUGAAAUCAGUGAAAAUGAGAGAAAAUGGCUAUGUUCUGUGGAGAAUUCCCCUGCCAUUGGCUCUUCUGAGAAGCCAAAGAUACAGAUGGUCCCCAAAAUGCAUCGCGAGAAUGAAGCAAACAGAAGGUGCUAUGAGCCUCUUGUGGUCGCAAUCGGUCCAUUUCACCACGAAAAAUCCAAGCUUCAACCUAUGGAAAAGUACAAGGUAUUACUGGCAAAUCAGUUUGCUAAAGAAAGUAGCAAAGAAAAAUCAGUAUCUAUUGAUGUGCUUUACACAAGGGUCAAGGACAUUGUGCCCAGUGCUAGGGACUGCUAUGCUAAGGACUCAAUUAAAGAUUACAACGACGAGGAAUUUGCAAAGAUGAUGUUCUUGGAUGGCUGUUUCAUUCUCCAAUAUAUUCACUGCCUUGUCACAAGAAACUAUAAGCAGCUGCAGAUGAAGAGCCAUGAUAUAGCUUUCAUUCGUCGUGAUCUUUUCUUACUUGAAAAUCAGUUACCUUUUGAAGUCCUGCAUGUGUUAAUGAGCUGUAGGUUCAAGAAAGAUGAAGGAAUGGAGAUGAUUAAAACGUUCAUCUCGAGUGCACAUGCAAAGCCUCUUCAAAGCCAUGGAUUAAUUCAAAAUAUCAAGUAUUUAUUUCUUGAUUUCUUUGGCAAGAUUUCUGAAAGAGAAAAGCCUUCCCUUACCCAAGAAGAAACCUCAAAAAAUCAAAUUCCUGCUCAUCUCCUCGAGAUAUUAAGAGCACAACUCAUAGACCCGAAUGCUUUCUCAGAAGGCGGAUGCUAUCUAAGGGGUGAGUGGUGCUCGUAUCGUUCAGCUAGGGAGCUGAGCAGAGCAGGAAUCCAUUUCGAGUGUGGAAAGAGACGUUGUCUUUCAGAUAUUAAGUUCAAUUCAUUCCGUUUCUCAGCUCUUUUAACACUUCCACCUAUAACCAUAGAUGAUUCAACCAAGUCGGAGCUAUUAAACUUAGUUGCAUACGAGGCAUGCCCCGAUACACCAGAUGACUUUGGAGUUACAUCUUAUCUUUGCCUGAUGGAUUCACUAAUUGAUCAUGCUGAAGAUGUGAAGGAGCUGAGAUCAAAAGGUAUACUAUUAAACUUUCUUGGAAGUGAUCAAGAAGUAGCAAAUCUCUUCAAUGAGAUAGCAACAGAUUUGGUGCCAAAUCCUCAUGCCUUUAUUGAUGUGAAACACAAAAUUGAGAAUCAUUACAAUAACAAAGGAAAAGUAUGGGUUGCUGAGUGGAAAAACACUCAUUUUGAUAGCCCAUGGACUGUUGUUGCAUUUAUUGCAGCAAUUUUUCUCAUUCUUUUACAAGUAGCUGAUACAGUUCUAGCAGCUUUCCAGGUCAAAUUUGCAGAACCACCAAAAUAA